UUUAAAAUCAUAAAUUGCUAUAAUAUCAAAAUGACGAAUAGUCAUACUCACAACGGAAACCGAAUUUGGUUCAUCUGCAGCUGGGAAAAUGGUCCAAUUUGUUAUGGAAUGGCUCUUGAUCUUAUUGGGGGAAUUUCUUUGAUUGCUUUCUCAGUUCUUCUCGUCGGAGUCAUAUUUUUCGGAUGGUUUGGAAUAUUUCCAAAAGUUAUUCGACGUAAACUUCACGAUUGAAUUUUAUAUUUUUAUUAUAACGUUCAGAAGAAGGCGAGGCUCUAUUACUCUAUUUUAAUAAAAUAUUUGAAUUGACUAAAGUUUAAUAAAUAUUAUGCAGUGCUAUGAAAAA